AAACAACACAAUAACAUUUUCAGAGCAAGCUAUAGAGACUUAUUAAAAUAACAGAUGAACACAGGAUAACAAGAAGAAGUCAGUUUAAUUAUGACGUACCCCAAUUGAAAUACUUAAGUCCAAUAUUAGAACCAAAACAAUGUGUAGCUUUCUAACUCAAAAGAGAAGAUACAACAGUUCAGAUAAGAGGAUGAUGUUCAACUUACAUUGUCGUAUUAUGGUUCAUAGUGAUUUUUCUCUCUAUGGAGACAUGAUGGAGAAAUGUUUCACUAUAUCUUCUGGUUGUUAAUUUAAUCAUUUACUGUGGGUGUCAUCAGAUAAUAAUAUUAAUCUCUGGCGAAGAAACAAAAACGGUGAAAACAAAAAAAAUAAAAAUAGAUAGCCCCAUAGGAAUUUGAUUUGAUGAUCUGAAGAUAAAGAGAUGUAUAUAAUCGUCAACUAGUAAAUCUUCGUACGCGUUGCGUUAACAAACACUUCCAAAACAGGAAAUAGAAGGGUAAAAUCGUCAAUUUAAUAACAAACAAAGUUCCUUUUUCGACAUUGCAAUACUAGUUAGUGAGAGUCGAGCUAUCUAUAAAAACAGAAACAAAAAGUGAGAUCACCAGUUCUGUUCGUUACUACGAUUAUAAUAACUCUUCUCUCUUUGGUCUAUGACUAUGAUCAAACUAGGUGUUUUCGUUGUCUUACUCGUUUUCUUUCUCGCGGGAGUUGUUACACUUUCUCAAGGGUUUAUAGAGACCAAUCACACAGAGAAAGCAAAAGUGUGGCGUUUCAGAGACAAACCAUCCACGAAGUUCGUCAAGUUUCUAGGCAAAGGUUCAUACGGCUCCGUCCACCUCUACCGUCACACAACACACGAUGGCUCAACCUCCUUCAUCGCCACGAAGAUCUCCUCGGACCGUCGGACUAUCCAAAGAGAGUUUCGAGUACUCUCCCAGCUCAAAGGAUCUCCUAGGAUCGUGCGAGUGUUUAGCCGUUCUCUCCACGAACGACUCGACAGAAUCGGAAACAGAGUCUACGAGAUACCUAUGGAAUACGCUUCUGCAGGUACUCUUUCCAGUUUCAUCCGUGCUAACAAACAGUUGAAUGAUUCGACCGUCAAAGAUUUUACUAGGAUGAUACUUCAAGGUUUGGUCUCGGUUCACAGUCACGGUUAUGUUCACUGCGAUCUUAAACCGGGCAAUCUCCUUCUCUUUCCGGUUUAUGAUCAGCAAACAUCGACUAAUCACACUUAUGAACUGAAGAUUGCGGAUUUUGGAUUGACGUUGAAGGAAGGAGAGGAAGAAUCCGAUAAUAGGAAGUACCAUUCUCCCUAUGUGGGAACUCCUUUCUACAUGUCUCCCGAGUCUGUCCGUGAUGGUACUGUCGGGAAAGCCCUAGAUUUAUGGUCCUUGGGUUGCAUUGUUCUCGAGAUGUACACUGGUAAGCCUCCGUGGUCAGAGGUUAGUUUUUAUGAUCUUGAAUAUUUUUUAGGGGAGGACAAAAAGGUACCUGAGAUUCCAGACACUGUGCCGUCUGAUGCAAGGCAGUUUCUAGACAAGUGUUUUGCAGUGAAACCUGAAGAUAGAGGAACCGCUUCCGAGUUGUUGUUGCAUCCGUUUCUGGUCGGAGAUGAUAAGAAGACUGUUUGAUGACACCAUCAUGAAAGCUCAUGGUAAAUUAGAAGAUAAUGCUACUAGAAACAAGGCAUUGAAAGUGAGGAUUAUUUCAUUGAAGCUCCCACUGUUUAAAAGAGUAUACAAUAGACCCCUAAAGCUGAAGAUUCUUCCUCCAAGACCUCCGAGUUCCACUUUUGUUCCCGUUCAUUAGAGUUUAAUUACUGGAAAAGCAUUAUUAGUAAAUAACUAAAUACCACUGUAACAAAUGUUUAUUCUUUUUUUUUUUUGCAAUUUCUAUUUGUAAUUGAUAUCAGUAUAAUCC